CCCAGUUUCGUCAAUAUUACUCACUGCGCAUGUGAUAUGGUGUCAGCACCUCCACAGUUCAACAAUAACACGUAAACAGGGACACCACCCAAAAAGGACGUGACAACUGCUGAAAAGACAAAGAUUUCCAUAAUGUCUGAGUGGACCUGUGGGCGGUGUACGUUCGUCAACCAUGAGCUCAUGUCCAACUGCGAGAUGUGCGAAGCCCCCAAGGAGGCCGCCGAGCUCCGUCACCUUGACUGCAGACAGCAAGAUGAAAACAUGCCCCUUGACAGAACUGAAAGACGUCCUGACUCUGCUGUGACAGAAGGUCCAGGACAAUCACCAGCCGGUGACACAGCCAGGCCAAUGGAAGGUGUUUCCACCAAUGGAAACAAUUCCACCAAUUCUGGAAAUGCCGUUAUCUGCACACCCGGGCAAACUCAGCAGCACGCAGACAGACAGUCGAUCGACUCCAUGGAAACCAAUGUGUCGGGUUCCAGUAAUCCUGCUGAUCAGCUGACCAAUGGAAGCCAAGAAGGGGCAGGUGCCCCAGUUCCAGAACUCCCAGAACCGUUGGCGCCAAUGGUGGUACACAGUGCUGACACAAAUGGAAGCAUCGAGUCCCCCAUGUCAGAACCAGAAGAGAUUGAAGCUGCCAUGUGCCUCCCUUCGCCGGAAAAAUCAGAGAAAGACGAAUGGUCCUUCCUGGACAACGAGAUGAGGAUUGUGUUGUUGGGGAAGACCGGAGUUGGCAAGAGCACCACCGGCAACAACAUCCUGUCCAGCAAGACCUUUAAGUCCAGUGCCAGCGGCAGCUCCAUUACCAAAAAGUGUCAGUUGGGCUGGGGAAGUCGCUUUGGUCGGGAGCUUCAGGUCAUCGAUACUCCAGGACUGUUCGAUACUGGCAUGUCCAACGAGGCCAUCACGCAGGAGGUGGUCAAGUGUAUCGGUAUGACCUCGCCAGGACCUCACGCCUUUGUCAUGGUCAUUCGACUGGACAGAUUCACCCAGGAGGAGAAUGAUACAGUGAACCACUUCAUCAACAUCUUCGGGAAGGAGAUGCUGAAUUAUCUGACCGUGCUGUUCACAAGGAUGGACGACCUGAAGCAUGAUGGGGUCAGUUUGGAUGAGUAUGUCAGCAAUGUUCCAGAGAAUCUGAAGAAGCUGUUGGAGAAUUGCCAUCACAGAUACCUGGGUAUUGACAACAGGGGUUCAGAGCAAGAAAUAGAAAAGGAUGUACAGAACCUGCUCCGAUCAGUGGACUCCAUGGUCAAGGCUAACGGUGGUGGCCAUUACACCAACGAGAUGUACGAAGAAGCCGAGAAGAUCUUUGCCGAACAUGAAGAGAAGCAGAUCAAGAUCAGUCGGGAGAAGAUGAUGAAGGAAAUGGAGAGACUGAGACAAGAAGCAGAGGAAGAGCUCCGCCAGAAGGAGGAAGAGAAAGCAAGGAAACUGGAAAUGAUGAAGGGAAAACUGUCGGAACUUGGCAUCAGGGAGGAUGAUGAUGAAUGGGUUCACGUCUUUGACCAAAGUCUGUCUCCGACUGAUGAGAACAAUUGGCUGGGUCUGGGACCUGCUGUACAGCAAGGGGGAACAUCACAGACCAAGGAAAAAGCACCUCCUGUAGUUGAAAGGCAAAGAAGUGAGGGUAUGGCUGAACGACGAGCUGAUGGUGUGUCUGCACUUGCAGGAGCCAACAGUAUCGGUCCAGGAGCUCAGACAGGAAGCUUCAACCAGACAAGUUCUUCCCUUAGUGAACAUAGGGAGUCUGUCAAGACAGGUCCCCAAGUCAAAGAGACACAGAAAUCAUUUGUGGAAGAGGGCGACGUGACCCGCAGCGUUCAUCAAGAAGUGAGGAGAAUCAGGAUGAGAAGCUGAUGAACGAGGCUGACAGGCUUAUCAAGGAGGCCAGUAUUCUCCGAGAAGAUGUCAACAGGAUCAACAUGGAGCAUGAGAGAGA